AUGGCAACAAGGCUCGUUGGGGCUUCUGCCUCAACUGUGCCAGCCAGGGUUGCCAGAAUGACGACGGCAACGACGCCGACGCAGCCAUCGGCAUCGGAAUCGCAGGACAGAGCACCGACACCGAGCUGGGAGGAGGUUGGACCGCGUACUUCGCCUCCGGAAAAGGCACGUGCAGUGCGAACAGCAAGACCUUCAAGUCCGCUUGGGUGUGGGUCAGCUCCGGCAAGACCUCCAAGCCGGCACAAGACGUGGCCCUCGCCGGGGACUUCGCCGCCAUCGCCCACGGCGACACGGAGAAGUUCCUCAAAGAGUGCAGCGCGGCUUUGGCGCCGGCCAAGUGCAUGA